UGUCUACCAUCCGCGGUAGAAUGCAGAGAGGAAAAUCAGAGGAGAGGGAGAAAGAUAAUCGGAGUAAGAGUAGAGAAUGGAAGGAGAAGAGGGAGAGGGACUAAGGCUGAGCAAGAGGUUCUCUGACAAGGGCCCUGAUGGAGAAGUGGAUUACAAGACGAAGGCCGGCACCGCGUGGAGCCAUUCGUAUCUCAACCAAAAGCCAUGGCAUCCCCUUUCCUAUCCCAACCAACGCCGCAAGUGGAUCGCAGAGCAGACCCACGCCCAACGCCAGCGUCGAGCCGAGGAAGUUGCUCGCGAGUACUCUCAGGAGCAGGAGUUCUUUCGGCAGACCGCUCUCAUCUCCAAGAAGGAGAAGGAAAAGGUGGAGAUGAUGAAAGCUGUUAGCUUCAUGUAUGUUCGUCCACCUGGUUACAAUGCCGAAAGUGCCAAAGCUGCAGAGAUUGCUGACGAGAGGAGAAAAGAGGAACCGAAUGAUCCACUCGCUGACGGGGAGUCCACUGCUAUGCCACCAGAAUCUGUUCCCGUUAGAGGUGAAGAAAAGAAGAAACCAAGACCAAAAGAUGUUUUUGGGCGUUCAUUGCCCACCGAAGAAGAAUUUGAAGUCUUAAAAAAUGCUCCACGGCUGGAGACCGGUGUUCAGGGAAGGGCGAAACCAUUUGGAGUGGAAGUUCGCAAUGUGAAAUGUCUAAGAUGUGGAAAUUAUGGUCACCAAAGUGGUGAUCGUGAAUGCCCAUUGAAGGAUGCUAUAAUGCCUAAUGAAGAAAGUCGAUUGAAAAGAGAUGAUCCCUUAAAUGCAAUCCUUGCCCACACAGAUCCUAGUGAGCCGCUAAAGUGGGAGCUCAAGCAGAAACCAGGAGUUAGUCCUCCGCGUGGAGGGUUUAAACCAGAUGACCCUAACCAGCAAAUAGUUGCUGAGGACAUAUUUGAUGAGUAUGGAGGGUUCCUGAGUGGGGAUAAUAUACCCGUGCUGCUGACCAACUUCUCUACCAAACCCAAGAGGAAGUCCAGAAAGAAAAGGAAGCAAAAAAGGCAGCACUCAUCACCUAAUAGAGAAUUGAAGGAUCCAAAUGAAGACGAGUUAUCUUCUGCGGAUGGGUUGCAGAGGUCAAAGAAGAAAAAGCGUAAGAUGAAGGAAAGGCAGCAUAAUGAUUCUGAAUCAAGUUCAGACAGUAGAGAGUUUGACAGACAUAAAAAGAGCAGACACAAGCAUUCUUAUUCAUCUGAGGAUUCUGAUGCUGACAAAAAUCUUAGAAGUAAAAAAGGCAGAGACAAGGAUUCUACCUCAUCUGGAGACUCUGAACUUGAUAGGCAUCAUAGAAGUGACACAAGCAGGCAAAAGCGUUCCUUUUCAUCUGAAGAUUCUGACCUUGAUAGGCAUCUUAGAAAAGACAAAAGAAGACACAAGAAUUCCUAUUCACCUGAAGAUUCUGACCUUGAUAAGCAUCAUAGAAGUGACAAGACCAGACACAAGAAUUCCCAUUCAUUUGAAGAUUCGGACCCUAGGAGGCAUCGCUGGAUGGAUAGUAGUAGACACAAGGGUUCAUAUUCAUCUGAAGAUUCUGACCUUGAUAAACAUCAUAGAAGUGACAAAAUCAGACACAAGAAUUCCCAUUCACUUGAAGAUUCGGACCCUGGCAAGCAUCUCAGGAUUGAUAGUAGUAGACACAAGGGUUCAUAUUCAUCUGAAGAUGCUGACCUUGAGAAGCAUCAUAGAAGAAACAAGGGCUCUUAUUCAUCCAAGGCUCGUAACCAGAGGCAUCAUAGAAGAAAUGAGAGCAGACACAAAGGUUCUUAUUCAUUUGAAGAUUCCGAUGCUGAGAAGCAUUGUAGAAGUGACAAAAGUAGACACAAACACGCCUGUUCGUAUGAAGAUUCCAACCCGGAGAGGCAUCAUAGAAGGGACAAGAGUACUCAUCCACAUAGAUUUAAUGAUUCUGAUGAGAAGCAUCGUAGGAGUAAAUAUUGACAUCAUCAUAAUCACCGUCGUCACCACCAGUCCGAUCCUUCAUCAGAAUUUGACUUCAAAAUUCGAUAUACUGGAAUGAGCAGGCUGGAUGAUAAGUUUUAUCUGAUUGCUUGCUAACAAAUCUUAGCCGUGAAAAAAGGAGAAACCAAAGGAUUCAGCUGUCUCUUGGGUUGUUUAUUGUGAUCAGGGGAUGCUCAUUCUUAAUUUUACCCCCAAGAAGCUCUGUUCUUGUCUACUAACAUUCUGGUCGUUGGGUGAAUUGGUUGUGUAACCCUGCCCCUUACAUCAGCUUUCCAUCAUGGUACUGCAUUGGAGCAAUCUUUACAUGGGACCAGAGCUUGAAUUUUCCGUUAAGAAGCUGAUAACUUGUGCAAUGUGGAUUGACGUUCCUGGAAAAUUAAUUUAUGUUGUUUAGGGAUUCAUUCGAAUUUUAUGGAGCUUCGAAUUAUCAUCCCAUGCACUUGUGGAUCUAUGGCUUUUGCUAGAUCGAACUCAUGAAAUACAUAUAUAGCUCUGUUGAUUAAA